UAAGCACACUUGACUCCGGGAGGGAGAACCAGCAGCUACUCUUUCUGAGAAAGUGUCCACUUUGGUUGGCUCGACUUCUCCCUGCUAACAGGUACUGUGUGCUGUGUGCUGCCUGAGCUCGCGGAGUUUGUUCUUGUUUGCUCAGUCACAUUGUGUGACGACAUCUCUUCCUUUUCUCUUUCUCUCAUGUCAUUUUACAUCGUUUCAGUUCUCCUCCUUUCUUCUGUAUGUUCCCUUCCUGCCUCGCUGUUUGUGGUUUGUUGUUUUUAUGAGAUGUUGACCCUGCUGCGAUGGGAUGAAUUGUAUUUAAAUUGAUCAGAAUUUUUCACUUAUUUUGCAGGGUUUUCAUCAUUGAUUCAUCUGAGAAUUUGUUUUCUCGAUUGAUAGAAAUGAGGGUCUUCAAAGUCAGAAGUUGUACAGUUUAAGGCGACUUCUUCAGAUUGCUUUUUUUUUUAUUGUGUCCAACAACAGUUUUGCUUGCGCAAGACAAUAUAAAAAGAUAGGCUCCAUAUAAAUAUAUAUUCAGUUUACUAUAAUGUAAGACAAGGAACAUGCAGAAAAUCCUCACAUUUGAGAAGCUGGAACCAUGAAAUGUCAAAGGCAUAUUAAAAUAGUCGACUGAUCAAUUAACCAACUAACUGUGUCAGCUGUUCUUAUUUUACAGUUCAUUUCAACAGAAAAUAAUCUGAAUGUAACCAAGAACACAAGUUCCUCAAGCGUUUUUGUUUUUUUGUCAAAUCUGAGUAUUGCAUUCCACACCGGCCCAAAACAUUUCCCGCUGCUCGUCUUUCUCAUUGACAUCUGCUCUGAGAUGUGUGACGUACGUCGGUCGGAAGGGCUCCUACCCCCCCACCCGUCGGACAACACGAGGACGGGAUAAGCCUGUGGAUGAGCUGCCGGUGUUACGCAACCGGUGUCUCGGCCCGGAGAUAGAGCAGAGCUGAACUUAAGACACUUCUGACUUGUUCCUCAACGCACCAUGGGACCACCAGACUCACUCCGCUUCAUGUAUAGAUGGAGCUAUCACAGAGGAGCAGCACGCUGAGGUCAGUUAUGAGUGCCGUUACGUGAACGCAUCCUGACGGAGUUCGUUCAUUUGCAAACAUCCUUUUGUUAAUUUGCUUUCCUAUUAAAUUCCGCCGUAAUUCCAUUAGGCUCUUUUAAAUGCGUCAUCUCAUUAGCUCUCCUGGAAACGUCCCCCCAGUCUGCAGUGGCCUCCGUUAAUCCUCCAGUGGUGCAGGAUUUAUUGUUUGUCACAUUUACUUAUUAAGUUUUCUUUUUUUUUUUUUUAUGGAUAGUUUCAAUUUGCAUAAAAAAAACGCCGAAAAUGAGGAAAAAUAUCUAGUUUUUAGCUCGGCUGAGGUGGAAAAGUUGAUCUAUCGAUUAAAAACAUAGGUGAAAUGUGAACAGGCAUUUUGACGUCCAUGAUGUAGGUGACUUAAACAUCCAGUGACGAGACAAAAUCAUCACAUCUGUGUGGCGCAAUAAGGAGACCGCAAUGUUCCUCAAAGUAGUACAUGAAACAAAGGCCAAAUUUCCAUCCCGUCUUUUAAUUCUAGCAGCAUCCUCUUCUACUUCUCUGAUAGUUUAAUGGCAGGUGACCUAAGAAUUAGAGUCACCAGCUGUUUAUCUAGAUGAACCAACUCUCAAUAUUGACAUAACCAGCAAUCGUAGAUGGAAAUGAGCAUAUAUUGUCAUUUUGGUGUUGUAGAUUUUCUGGAAAUUGGUUUGGAAACUUGAUUAUUAUCUUGGAGAGAAACGAUAAUGUUUACGAUAAUGUUUUGACUAUUAAUUAGUCAUCUUGUCAUGGUUCCAGCACCUUAAGCGUGAGACUUAGCGUCUUCUAUUUGUCUUACUUUAGUUUGAUAAACUGAAUAUCUUUGGUCAAACAAAACAAGCCAUGAAAGAGGUUAUCUUGGGCUCUUCUGAUAGGAAGUUGUGAUGUGGGUUUUUAUUGGCAAAAUGUUUAUUCAAUGAUGAAAAUGACAGUUAGUUGCAGCUCCAAUUAGGGCAGGCAUUGGUAUUUUUGUGCUCGUAUAGAUGUGAACAUGUGAGUGGAGCAGUUUGGUUGUAUAAGACGCAGACAUGUUGUUGGUUUCCUCGUCCUGGUUCUGUUUUUAAACUCUGAUGUGAUCGUAUCGGAGGAGAGGGAGUGGGCAGCAGAGGCAGGAAAGAGACUGUGAGGGAGAACAUUUGAAAAUUGGGGGAUGAGGUUGAUGAUGAUGGGAAGAGGCAGAAGGGAGGGAGGAGAACAGGAAGACAAGGUGGGGAAAUUGGGGAUUUGGAGGAGGAGGAGGAGGAGCAUAAAGAGACAGCGAGGGAACGCCAUGUCUCUCGAGCUGUGUGUGGUUAUGUAAUGUUACCUCCUGCCUACUGCUGAUGGCGGAGGAAAGCACAGAGUAACAGCAGUGAAUGGCGUGGAGGUGGGUGGCAACAACAACACCACAGAGGAAGACGCUGCGGCAGUAUCCAUCGGAACCGUAUCAAAGGUCAAAAGCUGCUUUUACGUUUCUGUAAUUCAGAAUGUUUGUGGUUCGACAGACAGUCGAAACCUGCUUUUCUUUGAUUCAAAUGUGGUAGUAAGUCAAUGGAUUUGGGGUUUUUGGAAUGGAGAUUGGACAAAGCAAGUCAUCUGGAUACAUCAAUUCUGCAAGAUAAAAUCGAAGAGGCACAGAAAGAGCUCAAAGACCCCAAAGGCUCACAGAAAGGGAUAUCUGAAAGCAGUCGGAGAAAUGCAGAUAACAUAAAAGGCCUAAAGAGAAAAAAGGUUGUUACAGAGAAUCGGCUCGAGAAAAUUCCGAAAUCACCGGUGAAGAAGCCCCUGCAUUUGAAAACAUCUGAAACUGCGCUUCACGAAGCAGCGUCCAAGGAAACUACACCUUCUUCUUGCUGCUCCUCCUCCAACAGUCCUUCCCACAAUCCGUCAACAUCCCCCAGUGAGAAAAGAGACCCACAAUAUGCCCAACCAGUUGCGACAUCCCCUCACAAGGGGUCACCUUCCACCGACGCUGACAGGCUGAAGCAGGAAGAAACGACCUCCAGGCCACCAUCACUUGAGCCCAUUGCUGGUGAGAAGGGCUCAUUGACUAAAGUGUCUCAGUCCAAAGACAGCGAGAGCAGAGAGCCCAGCUUUGAGGGGGAUCCUUACCACAGCAGUGCUCCACUUGAUGUUCUACUUAAGGCAAUGGAGCCUGACUUUAGUACACUGGCCGAGAAGAAGAACUCCUUGCAGGUCGCAGAAAUCGGAAAACCAGCUUCCACCCUUAAUGCUCAAUCUAGUUGUGAAUUAACAACAAUGCCAGCUGUCAAUAUUGGUCUUCAGAACCCAGCUUCCCAUAUGCAGACUUAUUAUAUUGACAAGCAAGGCAACUUUAUUGGCAUUGCAGCACCACUACAGGGAAAUAUGCAGACAUCUACACAGGGUACUCCCAUGCAGUCCUCUCCGCUUGCUACACCGCAUUUUAUGCCGGAAAAGAAUAGCUUGCACGUGAGCUUUAAUACUGGACCAUCAACUAUAACACAUGCACCUGUUCCCUCAGGCUCCAAUGCUUUGCCACAAAGCCAACCACCUGUUGUGCACACAUGCCAGUCUCUCUCAGCAAGUGUUCCCAGCACCAUUCAGGUCCCAGUUACACCUUGCAGCAACCAAGUUCAGAUGACCUCUGUAAUGAAUUUUGGUGCUGAUCAGGUUUCCAAGGACCAAAAGCCUAAGAAGCCUGGAAAGUAUGUUUGUGAAUACUGCAGUCGGGCAUGUGCAAAACCCAGCGUGCUGCUCAAACACAUCAGGUCUCACACAGGGGAAAGACCAUACCCCUGUGUAACUUGUGGCUUCUCAUUCAAAACCAAGAGCAACUUGUACAAGCAUAAGAAAUCACAUGCUCAUGCUAUAAAACUGGGUCUCAUUGCACGCUCUGAAUCUGGAGGUGGCUCACUCUCUCAAGAAUCAGACAAAGCCCUAGGAACACAUUCAGAGGCAGAAGAGAGUGGGGACAGUGACGAGGAUGGUAGCACUGCAGACCUGGACCCUGACUCGUCACAGAGUAGUGUGGCAGCUAUGUCUGAAAAUAGUUUACAGAGUGUAGGUACAACCCAAGCAAGCCACGGGGAAGCAGACUCAUCGGCUAUGUUUGAGUCAAUUAAAGCAGCCCCAGGUCAGAGGACGCAUGAGCCCAAAGUCACAGCUGCACUUCCAAAAGUUGUUGUAUACCCUGUCAAUGUCUCCCCUCUGAGGGCAGAUAGCCCGAGAGUCACAUGCGCAGCACCUGAGCAAGCGGCUGCACAACGGCAACGAGAGUUCCAGACUGCUAAUAUGAGAUCAAGCAUCACAGUCCUGUCAUCUCUUAAAGAGGUGGAUGGUACAAAUCCUUCACUAGAUACUGUGAGUGAAGAUGAAGACCAACAUUGCAAGUCUCCACUGUUAGGUGGACAUGCUCAGCUUCAGAGGCAACAAGCAACAGACUUUUCCCAACAGCAGCUGGUCAAGUGUCUACUAAGCCCUCGCAGUUUAGGAAGUACAGAUUCUGGCUACUUCUCGCGUUCUGAAAGUGCUGACCAGGCAAUGAGUCCACCUAGCCCCUUUGUUAAGAUAACUCCACCAGUGGACAUUGACAUUGCCAAGAAUACCCUUCCCAAUGUCCCUCCUGUGGCUGCCACAGUAAUGCAUGUAGCAGCUGAGCAAAAGCCACGAGCCACAGAAGGACAGAUGCGUCCACCAUUAGAAGCCAAAGCACUCUCUCUGGAAGAACGAAUUUCAAAGUUGAUAUCCGAUAAUGAGGCAGUAGUUGACAACAAGCAGCUGGACAGUGUAAAGCCAAGGAGGACAUCUCUCUCAAGGAGAGGCAGCAUAGACUCUCCUAAAUCAUACAUAUUUAAAGACUCAUUUCAAUUUGAUCUUAAACCAAUAGGAAGAAGGUCAAGUUCCAGCUCAGACAUUCCCAAGUCCCCAUUUACGCCUACAGAUAAAUCAAAGCCAGUAUUUCUUCUCUCUGUACCUUCUCAAUACCCACCAAUGGAUUGUUUGCCAAUAACAAGAAGUAACUCUAUGCCUACUACACCAGGACACUCUGCUGUUCCCCUUAAUGUUGCCCCCAUCCCCCACCCUCUGCGAAUUUGUCAGUCAUUUGAUGACAAGAUGAGUUUGUUUAAUGAUGAAGUAUUUUCAUCAGCCCCAUCAACUCCAAAUCCAGCAAUACAUUCUCGUACCUUAGUCAGACAAGCAGCAGUGGAAGACUUUACCACAAGUGAGGGACAUGGCCUCCCUACUGUUCGCUCCAUGGAUGAGGGCUAUCAUGGUCAAAGCAGUUCCACUGAGCUGAUGCAAAGAAGCAGAUCUUUUGAGCACAGUCAGGACAGAAACAGAAAGCCUCAGCAGAACAAAGGCACGAUGUACGAGUGUGAAACGUGUCGGAAUCGGUACAGAAAGUUAGAAAAUUUUGAAACUCACAAGAAAUUCUAUUGCUCUGAGCUUCAUGGUCCAAAAAACAAGUCAAUCAUGGUUAAAGAAACGGAUCAAGAUGUUUUUCACGUUAACAUAAUGCAGCCCACAGUCCCUAGAUCAACUAGUGGCACAGGAAUACUUGAUCAACAGACAUCAAUUAGGAAGAGAAGGAAAAUGAAAAGUGUUGGAGAUGAGGACGAUCAAUCUCCGACUGACACCAUUCCACCUUGUUCGGUUAGUUUUGAGCUACCGACAGCUUUGGCAAGUCAGACUAUUUCUCAGCAUGCUGUAAUAGUAGACAUACAGCCCAAAAACAAUCAGUCAAAGCUACCUCAGAUUCAGCUGUUAGCUAGAAGUAUUAAUACUUCGGAUUCCAGACUGUCACCAAUACGAGAGACCCAGAUCAGCACUUCUCCUAAAGGACAAUUGCAAAGGCAAGGCAGUGGUACUUCCGUCAUCAGACACACCAACUCUCUCAGCAGACCCAAUUCAUUUGAAACUGAAUCUGUUGACAGGGCCUCUCCUGUUGAUAUUUUGGAGAAGGAUCCCCUCAACAAACUCAAAACUGAUGCAAUAGCAAAUGUCUCAGCUGACAGCUACCAUGAAAAAAUGUCCCAACCCAAGAAUGCUGACUAUGGAAAACAAAGGAAGGAACAAUGCACUGAUGGCGCAGUAGCAGCAGUUGGUGACAACACUACUCCUGUCCAUCAGUCUCGUCUGGUUCGUCAAAAUAACAUCCAAGUUCCUGAGAUUCUGGUCACAGAGGAGCCCGACAGAGAACAUGAAACGCAGACUACUGAGCCAUCGGAUAAGCCUGCAGAUCAGUUCAGCUGGCCUCCGAGAAGUGAGAGCUUGUCAAAGGUACCAGCAGAGAAACUUCCGCCGAAAAAGAAAAGAAUUCGUCUUGCUCAAAUGGAUCACUCCUCGGGUGAAUCCAGUUUUGAGUCCAGCCUCUCGCGAAGCCUCAGCAGGGAGAGUAGUCUUUCUCGUUGUUCCAGCAUCUCUGCCUCUUUUGACAGAGAUGAGCCAUCUAGGUCAGAGAGUCCUUCCAGAGGGGAGUGUGUCAACAAAGUUCCAGAGCCAAAAGGUUUGCCAAUAGCCUUCAACACCCUUGGUGUGCCUGGUAUGAUGAGGCGUGCCGCAUCUGAACAGAUCACUUGUACUCAACCAUCUGUGGAGAUUUCAUGCGACUACCGUAGCAAGUCCUUUGACUGUGGCAAUGUAUCCCCCAGCAGAUCUCUGUCACCUGCUGGCCAGCCAAAAAGUGGACAAAUCCCUCAAGUUUCCCAGGUGCCACUUAUUGAAAGGAGGCGGGGGCCAUUAGUUCCCCAAAUGUCUUUAAAGAUAGGCCUCGAGAGUCAGCAACCUGUUCGGAAAGCUGUCAUUCCUCUAGAUAAACCUCCCAUUACGAAUGUUAGCUCUUUAACUCAGACUAGAUCCCAGCAGAUUCACAUUGCCAAUAGGCGCAAUGUGGCUCAGCCUUUCAUCCUGCACACUGGAGAAGCACCCUUGCAAAAGAAUGAGCAGAUUGUGCAAAGCAUUCAUUUGGGUAGCCUAAUUCAGCAGCCUCAAGUCCAUGGCCUUCCACACCCUUGGCAUCAAACAUCAAGGGUUCAAAUAUGCCAAAAGAUGCAACCACCUCUGAGCCAGAUCGUAGUUUGUCGUGAGAAUGUCCAAAACAAACCAGCCACCUCUGAAGAAAAGAAAGAAAGAAGUUUUGUGCCCAAAUACCAACUGCAGUGUCCCGCUCUGAGAGCAAGCCAAACAUUUUCAUUCUCCAGCACACAGGGCACGCAGACAGCCUUGCCAAUUUUAACAAUACCUAUUGCUAAUCCAAUCUUGAGCACGUCAGACGUACUCCAAAAUGUAUACGUUGGUCAACCCAAUCAACAGGCCUCUGAGAUUAAGACACAGACUGUCGUUUUGUCAGGUGAACACCAAAGGGACCCAUUUGGUCAGAACCAAGCAGGUGUUAUACCAUUGCCACAGAUCCUCAUUACUCACGAGCAGAUGCACCCUGCUCCCUCUGUGUCCAAUAAAAAUAGUCUCUCAUCCACUCACAGUGUAGAGAGUGAUAGUCAUGCUGUACCAACAACAAAGAAGGACAGGACUCAAACAGUUAGCACUCAUAACCAUACUGGUGAACAAGCACCUUCUCUUGGGUCUUUACAUUGCACAAAGAAACUGUCUUCAGUGACUCUAUGCCCACAGCAGGAACCCACUGCUUCAAGUAAACGAAUGCUGUCACCUGCCAACAGCUUGGACAUCUACAUGGAAAAGCACCAAAAACGGGCUAAGGAUGAGCAUGGCGUGGCCUGUCUAACUGACGGCAGAUCGGUCAAUUAUCUUAAUUCUAAGAUGUCAGAGGUUACCAGACAGCGGAAGUUUACACUUGUUAGGCAGGUUUGCACAACUGAACCAGUGGACAGUCCCAUUGAAACUGAGGCCCCACCUCUGCCGCAGGUUAAAACCGAUGGGGAGAAGGACUCACAGGCUACUGAUGACGUUAAGCCCAUGUCACCUGACAGUGCUGGGCUGAAUAAAGACACAAGCACUGUUAUUCAUGAAGAGGCAGGCCCUGCCCUUAAUAUUACAACUGGUAGCCAGGGCACCUCCAUGCCAGCUAACAACACUCUGAAACCCCAAGAGAAAGCUGAGGAACAGAGAUGGACUCUUGCCAAAUCUCCUAUUAGGCCCUCCAGCUUUCACGGUGGUCAGGUGAAACUGACCACAUCUGUGUCUAUGGUAAACACCAAAGACAGUCAUCGCCUGUCUUUCCCCAGCUUGAAGACUGCCACCACUUUCACGUGGUGUUUUUUGAUGAAGCGGAAACCUCUUCACGUUCCACAGACUGACCUGAAGACUUCAGCCUAUGCUGUCUGGACUGUCAGCCCUAACAACCAUAACCUGCUUGGGUUGCCCACCAAGGUGGUCAUGUCUCUGUUUGACUCCAAGCAGAGCUCCAAGAAAAUGCACUACACCUCGGCCAUAACAACUAGCGGGAAAUCCGACAUCUUGUCUUACUCGGGCAAGCUGAAAGACGUCAUGCCCAGGGUGCCAAUAACCCAGAAGUCUAUAUCAGUUGAAAGCAGAAGUAAAGUGCAGCCAGAACCUCAGGCCAGCAUCGAGUCAGACAAGGAGGUGGUAUCUAAAACAGAACCAAGACGGGUCAAAAUAUUCGAUGGCGGAUACAAAUCUAACGAGGAGUAUAUUUACGUACGUGGGCGUGGACGCGGUAAAUACAUCUGUGAGGAAUGUGGGAUCCGCUGCAAGAAGCCGAGCAUGCUACGCAAACACAUCCGCACCCACUCAGAUGUCCGGCCAUACCACUGCGUCCACUGCAACUUCUCUUUCAAGACGAAAGGGAAUCUGACCAAGCACAUGAAAUCCAAGGCCCACAGUAAGAAAUGCAUGGAGAUGGGGGUUCCUGAGGGUCUCAUUGAGGAUCAGGAUGCAGAGGACUCAGGGGACCGGAGUCAGGUGAGCAGUGCAGACCGCCAAGAUUCAGAGGGCGACGACUCCGAUGGCCCCGAUGAUGAGGAGAAUGACGACAACGAGGAGGAAGAGGAGGAUAGCCAGGCAGAGUCUGGUCUGUCUACCAACCCUUCUGUCUGCGCCAGCCCUCAGCACAUCGCUUCCAAAGAGCCUGAAGUCCCUCCUAGCACCCUGCUAGCCAAGAUGUCAAUCUGCUCAGUCUCCCUGCCUUUCUCCCGGCCUCCAGCCUCUCAAUCCUACGCAUCAGACUUUGAAUCUGUCCCCAUGAUGAGCCCCGUGUCCCUGAGCAAGCAGAUAUUCAUCUCUGGGUCCUGCUGCAGCUCAAUGCCCCUCCCUUACUCUCCUCCGCCUGUUGCCACCACAUCAGACUCCUACACCUCAGACACAGAGUCGGUGCAGAUGAUGAGCCCAGUGUCCCCGUGCAGGCAGAUGUCCAUCGACUACCCUGACUUUGAAGUGCCCCCUAGUCCCCCAGUGCCAGGCAAGGGCUCCAAGCUAGGCCAGAACACCUCCUCGGCACCUCCCGCUGUGGCAACCAGCGAAUCGGGCAUACCCGUGAACCGCAGCACUCAGACUUCCUCUUAUGCUUCUCAAGGCCUCGUGCACUUUCCCCCACAUGGUCUAUCCCAAACGCCAGGAACAGAGACCCAGACGCACCUGUUCAGUCACCUGCCCCUGCACUCCCAGCAGCCGUCUCGCUCCUCUUACAGCAUGGUACCGAUUGGGGGAAUCCACCUGGUGCCCGCUGGCCUGGCAGCUUACUCCACCUUCUUACCGAUCCAGGCGGGCCCCGUCCAGCUCACCAUCCCAGCAGUGAGCGUCAUUCACAGGAACACAAGCCCGUUACCAGCUCUCAACACUCCACCCCAUCCGGAGGGCUUGCAAACCCAGCCACUUGUGGUGCAGGAACCAAUCAGUAGUGUGCUGCCCUGCUUCCCCUUAGGGCAGGUCACUGGCCUGCAGGCUCAAACAAUACAGCCAGUAGGUCUGGAGACACUAAACCUCAUGGGGCUCACAAACACAGGCCUGGCAUCCACACAGCUGCUGCCCCAGCAAGGGCUCACCCUCAAUGCCACCCUCGGGCUGCAGGUGUUAGCUGCCAACCCCACCUCCCAAAGCAGCACCUGCCCGCAGACACACAUCCCAGGUCUGCAGAUAGUUAACAUCGCCCUGCCUGCCAUCAUUCCCUCUCUCAGCCCCCUCUCCACACGUAGUCCUCUCCCUGGGUUGUCAGAGAGGCAGUGCAGCCCUGAAGCUCCGGGAGCUCAGCCGUCUCAUAGUGAACAUUGGCUUGGUUCUUUACGGAGCUGCAUGUCUGCUUCCCCGACCGGCCCGUUUAAGGUCAGCAGCUGUCCAGAAGUGGCCUCGGGCAGCAGAGCUAGCCCCGGAGGCAACAGCAGCAGCAGCAGCAGCAGCAGCGCAGAGCUCACACAGACCGUUGAGAGGCGAGAAAGGGAUAAAUCCCCACGGCAGCAUCGAACACCAGCCCCUGAGAGAAGAGCAGACAGUGCUACGGAGUCACCAGUUGAGGGAGCUAGUGAUCCUGCACCUCCUAGACCACCGCCAGUGCCCAGCUGGCAGAGGGUGAAUGAUGACUAUAAUGAGGUAUCCAGUGAUGAUGAAGACAGACUGGUCAUUGCCACCUGAAAACCCCACACGGAAAGCUCUUCUUGUUCUCUUUUUGUAAUUCUUGUCACUUUGUAAGACUGAAAACACUUUUCAGGGGGUUUGUUUCGUUGCAAAUCACCUUUCAAAGCACAGAUGCUGACAUUCAUAUUGUACGUGCAAUCAUACAAUUAUAAUAAUGACCAAUAAUUUUUAUUUGUACCUUUUUUUUUGUCCGCUCCAGACAAUUUCUUUUUUUGUACAUGUUGUAUAGACAAUUGUGCCUUUAUGGAGUUUCUUGUUUAGGAACCUGUACAUAAUUCCUUAUAAAUUCAGUAGUUGCUUGUUUAUUUAAAAAAGAGAGACAGAAGUAAAGAGAGGCAUAAAAAUGGAGGAUAUCAAUUUAAUUUUGGAGGAUUUGUCAUUCGUAAAUUAAAUUUAUGGAAUUAUAAAUGUUGUACUGGUAUAUGUACAUUUCUAUGGAUUAUUGGGCAAUGUUUGUGUACAGAUGUUGUGUUCAACUAUUUAUUAUAAUCCAUCUAGUGCCCAUUAUGAUUCAUAAGUCCAUAGGUAUGUGCAUUAUGGUAGCUUUACAUUGCUGUAUCAAUAUUCUUAACUGUAUCAGUAAAAAUUUGUUUACAAACA